UGGUAUGCAGCUGGAGAGGGGGUAUUUCCACAAACCCCCUGUAUACCUCCUGCUCACAGACAGACCAAGGGGAUAAGCAGAAACACUCAGGACAGACAGACUCUUGUGCUUACUGUGCCAGUGCUGAAGGUGUAACCUGUGUGUGCAGAGACUGUGACCAUGCGGUUGGCUCUGGUGGUGCUCCUCCUGGCCGUCUUGGGCCAACCCUGCUUCUCCUACACGCGCAACGCCCUCAACUGGCUCUCCCACCUGCGCAGUCGGCACGGCUACGGCUGGCGCAACGGUUACGCGGCGUCGUACUUGAACACAGAGAAUCCCGACAUGGAGAACUGCCCCCUGGAGUGCGACUGCCCAAGCCUAUACCCGACAGCCAUGUACUGCCACGGGCGCAACCUCCAGCACGUCCCCUUCGUGCCCUCGCGCAUGAAAUACGUCUACCUGCACAACAACUUCAUCACCAGCAUCCAGGAGGGCGUGUUUGACAACGCCACUGAGCUGAUCUGGAUUAUCAUGCACAGGAACCAGCUGGACUCGGACAAGAUCGGCAAGAACGUCUUCAGCAAACUGAAGAACCUACAAAAGUUGUAUCUGAGCGGCAACUACUUGACGUCCGUCCCUGAGAACCUUCCCGCCUCUCUGACGGACCUCAGGAUAAGCAACAACAAGAUCACCAAGCUCUCCGACAACACCUUCAAGGGCAUGGUGGACCUGAGCCACCUGCACAUCCAGGGCAACGAGAUCAAGGAGGUGGGCACUGCCUUCAAGGGUCUGGAGUCCCUGCACAUCCUGGAUCUAAGCCGCAACAGCCUGGAGAAGUUGCCCGAGGCCCUGCCGCCAAAGCUGCAACAGCUCUACCUGAACUUCAACAAGAUCAACAGCGUGCCCACGGACUUCCUCAGCAAGUACCCGUCCCUACAGUACGUCAGACUCUCGCACAACGAGCUGACGGACAGUGGCAUACCGUCCAACGCCUUCAACAACACGGCCCUGCUGGAGCUGGACCUCUCACACAACCGGCUAGAGAGGAUUCCCACCAUCAGCACCCAGCUGGAGAACCUUUACUUGCAGGCCAACCACAUCAAAGAAUUUUCUCUGAGCAGCUUCUGCAGGGUGGUGGACAUGAUGAACUUCUCCCAGAUCAGAGUGCUGAGGCUGGACGGCAACGAGAUCAGCACCAGGGACGUGCCCCCGGAGGCAGUGCUGUGCUUGCGACUCGCCGUCUCCAUCGACCUCUAACCGCUCGGCCUGCCCGUCCUGUCACUCAAGACAGCUGAGAGAAGCUUUGUCCUCUCCAUUCCACCCUCAUCCCUUCUUAUUACUCUCCUGCUAACUCUUAAAGCAAUACUAAGUAGUUUUUUUUCUAUGAGCAUUCAGUUGCCCCAGGGGCUGGAAGUGGAAUGACUGUAAAGGCACUGCUCUUAGUGUGGUGCUGCAGACACCACAGUGGGCAGUGAGGAAAAAAUCUCUGAUGACUUUUCAUACAGCCACUGAAAUAAUUUGGGGAGCUUUUUUAUUAAAUGGUUGUUGAAAGAACAACUUGGUGUUGCUCUAAGUAAAACUCCGGGCGCAUAUCGUGCUAUAUAAAUUAAUUUCCUUGAAAUAUAUUUUUUCAGCGAUAUUUGCUUUAUUGCUAUGACCAAAAGUAGUGCCUUGUUCUGUUCUGUUGAUUUUGUAUAUACACAAGCAAUUCAAAGAGGGUUUUGUAGCAGAGGAAGUAAUCAAACUAUGUAAAAACAUUUUCUUUUCAAUAGGAAUUCCAAAUGAAUGUAUAAAACAAGUUAAUUACAGUCACCGGUGUAUGGGCAGAGUUUACUUGUAAUAUGCAAAUUGUAUCAUGUAACUUGUGGAAUGCAAACUGUAAAUAUAAAGCUUUGGGCUAUGUGGUAGAUCAAAGACAAAUACAAAAUAAUUGAGAAAAGAAACAGAAAUAAAGAGAUCAAAAACGAAUCACGCUUCACUACAAUGGCAGGGAGAGAGAGCUACAAAGGAAUGUAGUCGUUAUAGUUAUUGCACACAGACAGACACACUCAGACAAGGAAGCACGCACAUGCCUCAGCUUGCCAACGUGCGCACGCACGCACGCACACACACAGCCAUAAUCACUGACACGUUAUCUGUUAUUUAUGUCCGCAGAUGGAGACUGAGAGAUACAUGAUGGAGAUAUAUAGGGUAGUAAAAUGUGUUCCAUAUACAUUACCUUCUGUCACAACACAGGCAUUUUUUCCCCUUGAGAAUCCAUCUGUUUAUGAGUUGCCUACUAAGUCAGAAAGAAGGGCUACUGUACACUUUUGAAACAUCUGGCUAGAUGGCAUGUCUUGAGUAUAACUCGCUAAGCACAAUGCCCAUCAUCUCCUCUUCCGUGCACUGCAGUGCUAUCUAAAAAAAAAAACCUCAGGUAAAGUUACAUGUAAAGUUACAAUGGCAUCUCAUUUUCUGGAUCUUAAAUAAGUACACAAGGUUCAUAGAAAAAUUUGGGAUAUUUGGCUUUUGUCAAAGUAUACGAAAAGUGAAUUAGUUGAAAGGGAAUAAGUGAAAAGCAUCAGUUACUGUAUGUCUGUGAUUUAACCCAUUGAUGCCUAAGGGACCUGCAAAAAAGGGUGCUGAAUGCCUGAGCCCUUUUUGAGAAAAGCUGCCCAUAGCCAAUAAAAACCUAAAUAUCUCAGCCUCUGAAGCACAUAAAAAUAUGCACUAAAUUGCAUUUAAACGCCAAGACCCUCAUCUUUCAUUAGAAUGUGUUCAUUCAUCUCAAACAAACAAAUGUUAAAUAAAGUUGUCUCAAAUCUCAUGAGCCUGAAUGUUGCGUAAUGCAGCUCCAGGCGCCAGGGCCAAUGUUGCGCAAUACAACAUCAGGCAUCAAUGGGUUAACAUGACGCUGUAUGCUAUAUUUUUAUGUUCAUCCUGACAUUUCACCUGAAACGAAUAUACUCAUCUUUUUAUGAAAGGAGUAAUUAUGACAUGUGGGAGCAAAACAUCACUGGGGCUAAUGUCCAUGAGAUGUUCAUCUCUCUGCCGUCUCCGUUUGUAGCAUCUCUGGGGUGAUAUUCUUUCUGUGCUGUUAAUCCCUUGAAUGUUCAUUAAAACCUGACAAACACACACAUCACAACGCUUCUGACCUUUUGAGCGAGCCCUGAGAAUUUCCACUCAGCGCCACAAAAGUCCAUUUGUCAACAACAAGCGACCUUGAGGACCAGAGAAUGAAAUGUCACCAAAUCCCAGCGGUCAGGUGGGCUAAGUGCUUGUGUAUGCAGUAUAUACCCGUUCUAUUUUAAGUUAUUGUGACAGACACCCCCCCAUGUUAUUGACAUAAAUCCCAGACAUUUUCUGGAAUAAAGGAGUUUAAGAUUUUUAAGGCCUAGAAGUCAUUUGGUCAUGUAAAAUGAUUGUUAUAAUAAUAGCAACAAUAAUGUUUAUUAGUUUAACAACUAAACUAUUUGCUGCUACACUAACAAAUCCCUUCAACAUAGAGGGAAGUCUAUAGGAAAGUUCUUCGUCCAUGGGAAUGUUGAAAACCAGCGCAAGAAAAAUGUAUUGCAGUAACAUGCCUGGUUGCUUUUUAUUGACACACAUUAAGCUUUUUACAACAAAAUAUUAAAUCACUGCCAGGGUAUAUUGACACUUGUGAAUGUCAGGAUUAUUAUGAUCUGAAUAACUCUACUGAAAGCUGUAAAGCUAUAAUGCUCAGUUGCUGUGCACACUGCAGACCUUUUGUG